AUGCGAUUAGUUGGAUAUACAGGACCAAAUCUUAUAUUAAGUCCUCUUGGGGUGUAUUGGAGCGGUCGAACAGCCUUAAAAGUUUUUCGACAGCAAGAUAAAAUUGAAAAUGGUGCUAUUGUUCCCCAAGUACCUUCUCCGAUAGAACGUGAUAAUUCGUCAAAUAAAAAUACCUCGAAAAUGCAUUCUUCUCAAGAGGGAUCUACUGAUGGGAAAAAUUUUCCCCAUUCCAUUCCCAUUUCAACCUCUGAUGUUUCCGAUAAACCACCUGAUCAUGCCAAAUAUCGAGUAGCAGCGAAACGUCUUGCUUCAUUCGCAUUAGGAUUUUUACUGAUAAAUGUAAUCGCAUCUUUUUCCACGCUUUGGGGCGUAAUUAAGAAUAAUAAAUCCAUGUCAUCUAGAAUAAGUUCAAGUGACAUAAUAGGUAGCUUAUUAGGCAUAAGUAUAUUUUUAAUAUUUGGGGGUUUUGAGAAUUUAAAACUUUUAUUUGGUAGGUAA